AUGAGAUUGGGAAGCUGGAACAUAGGAACCUUAACGGGUAAAUUGAGGGAGUUGGCAUAUGUUUUUGCUAGAAGGAAAGUGAAUAUUGUUUGUUUGCAAGAAACUAAGUGGGCUGGAGAAAAGGCCAAGGAAGUGGAUGGAAUUGGUUUCAAGUUAUGGUACACAGGUACUAACAAGAGUCAAAAUGGUGUUGGAAUUAUGAUCGAUAGAAGUUUCAGAGAUAAAGUUGUGGACGUCAAAAGGAAAGGCGACAGGAUUAUUCUGGUUAAGCUUGUUGUGGGUGAUUUAAUCCUGAAUAUCCUCAGUGUGUAUGCACCCCAAGUUGGAUUGCAACCUAUUGAUAAAAGCAAAUUUUGGGAAGACUUGGAGGAG